AUGAGCUCAAAGAUUCACACUCCUUUCCAGAUCAGGGAUUUCCAAGACCCGAGAAUGUCCGGACAAUAUUUUCGCACGGGAGUUCCGGAGCACCUCGUCGAGGAGGAAGGCCCCUCGGCUAAAGACGAUUAUCACUGGACGAGGAUCGAUAUCGAAAAGAUGCUGCAGUUGUAUUUGACCUUCUGGCCGCAAAUGGGGUCACGGGGCAAAUACGACACCCUCAAGGAGCUGUUCAGUGCCAUUGCCGUAGAAAUCAACCACAGUCUGACAUCGAAACAGGUUCAGGACAAAUUCAAUCGCUUGAAAAAAAUGCACAAGAAAGUCAAGUAUGAAGACAACAGUGGGGGCACCCGCAGCUUCGCAUAUGCAAAGUACUUCGAUCAGCUAGAGACUAUGGACGAGAAUUUUCGCAAGGAGAUGUUGACUCCGUCAACAACCCGAUCGAGAGCCGAUCAGAUGGAAGCAGCUCCGCCGUCGCUGGAUGCGGAGCAGACCGCAGAAAGUGCCAAUGCCUGGGGCGAGGCAGGAGUCUCGCCGGGCUCUGAAUUUUAUUUCAUCGAUUGCGCUCUAUCCGCCUUGAGAACCAGGAAGCUGACUCCGGUCGAAGGAAUUGUUCUCACCAUGAAGCAGAACGGAGUUGCUGCCAAACGCAUGCUGAAAGCCUAUCAAUCUCGGACGGAGCUUCUCCGCGACGAAGCAGAGAAGGACCGAAAGCAGAAGGAGGAACACUUCAAGAAAUGGGUGGAAUUGAAAGAGAAAGAACUCUCCAUCAAACAGCGGAGACUCGCCAUCGAAGAAGAGAAAAUUUCGAUUGAACGCUCGAAACAGUUUCGGUGUUAGCGAACCAGUGGCUGACUACACGCGUUCGACGUCAACCUCACAACGUGAUAUCGGUCUGGUUCUGUCAUACGGAAGAUCCCAGGGGGAAACGGCAGCCAGAGACAUUAGACCCAAAGCGUACAAAUGGAUCGCAUCCUCGAAUCGAUACGGGUUGUAUAAAUUCAUCC